AUGGCGAAGGUGGCAUCUUCGGGCGCCGAAGAGGCGCUUGUGGCGAUUGAAUCGCAGCCAAGAAAGGUUGGUUUCUGAUUGUGUUAUGUUAUAAAAGAUAGUAUAGUAAAGUAUAGUACAAAUCUAUUUAUAAAGCUAAACAGAUAAAUUAGUAGAAACCUGUUUUUUUGCCUCGAUCAAACUAUUGAUUAGUUGUACAAUUUUCAGAGUGUCAGAAAAGCGGAGGCAUUUGUGAUGUCGGGUGAUCGAAUCAUAUCAAUGAAUCGAAAUAUUUCCAGCGCUUUGGCAAAGGUGAGCUAACUAGAAAAUUUCAUGGAUUCCGUGACAGAAUUGUCGAGUAUCACCAAGUUAUUUCUUGUAUGAUAGAAAAAAAAAUGUAUUUUACAGAUCCAUGGAGACCAACUUCAUCCAAACACCGAAAUUUGCUCAAAUUCUUCAACACCACUCGGAUUUACUCGAGGAACAGUAUCAGCAGGUGUCGCUUUUCCAUCAAUGCAUCGCACUUCUUCAUCUUCAAUUCCGAAGAAACAAUCUCGUCUGCCAGUUUCGGUCAGUCAACCAGAUGGAGUUCGACGAAGAAGACAAUCUGAAUCACCAGCGGCGCCAAUUGAAAAACCAGAAAGUAGCAUUUCGGAUGACGAAGAAGAGAAAUUCGUUUUUGAUGAUAAUCACAUUGGUCAAAUUGAAAAUGAAAAAGAGAAUGAGAACGAAAACGAAAAGAUGAAAGGUGCUGGUGGUGAGCCAUUUUACACUUUUUCCCCCAAAAAACUCUUUUAUGUUAUUUUAUUUUAUUUAUGAGGUUAGGAGAAAAAUAUGUUUAGAAGUCUUGUAGAAAUACAAAAGAAAACCGUGUUGGCUGUGUAAACAGUACAUUUUUUCUUCUUUCAUUCCAACUUUUUAUACAUAACAUACACCUUUUUCUCCGUGAAGUUUCUUUAAAAAAAAACAUGAAUUUUUUCAGAUAAAUUAUCGCAAAUUGAGCCAGAAUACAUGCAAUCUCCGAACGAGGAGAUCGUCAACAAAAGUUUGCAAAACGCGAUUUUCGCGCAACCCAAAGGAACUUCGCCGUCGCCAUCUACUUCGUCAAGAUGUGCAGUUGCGACUGUUGCACCAUUUUCAUCUUCGCCGCAAAUUCACUCGAAAGAUACAUCAGGAGGUAAGGAUUAAUGGGGUUUUGGACAAAAAAAUAGUUUAAAUUUUUUAUUGGCUUCUUGCGCUUUUUUUUGAGACAUUCCACUUUUGAAUCAAAAUUAUUUUUUUUAAAUUUGAAUUUGAUUGAUAGAUCCACAAUAUUUGAAUUUUUCUCACAUGAUUUUCAACGGUUUCUUCUUCAAAAACUCUAUACAAGUCUGUCAAAAGUUCAAUUCACUAGACGAACAAUUAAUCAUCAUCAGACUCCUCCUAAUUGAAAAACCAAACAAUUUACAGAUGUUGGCGAUGGUCCACUCUACGAUAAUGUUGAUGAAGAAAAGAACAAUUCAACUAUGACGAAAACCAAAUUCGCUGAAGCCGAAUUUAAAAGAAAUGAUUCAUUUUCGAAAAGAUCGGUUGUUACUUUGGAUGCAACAUCAACAUCAAAUCGAGAUAUUGACAAUCGAAAUGAUUGUAAUACAACAUUUUUCACGACUUGCGAAACACCAAUUCGAACAUCGUCGCCACUUCGAAAACAGAUUUUCAAGAACACGAGUCAGUUUUCGGCGAGCAGCAGUUCGGCAAGUGCAAGUCCUUCACUUCAUGCUAAUUCAGAAAGUGAGUUUUCGAUUGGGUUCGGGUUUUUGCUUUGAAUUCAAAAUGAGAAAAGUAAUGAGUUUGUUUUUGGAAAUAAAAUACGUGGACAGAAAGAGUUCACGUUUUUUUGCAUUAAUUUUGAGAUUUUUCACAACUACUAAUAUUUUUCCAAAAAAAUUACGUUGAAAGUUCAAUCUGAAGUAAAUUAGAGAAGAUAGAUAACAAAUUUUCAACAAUAAUUUUUGCAGAACGUGCUGGUGGAUCAAUAAAUUGUACUCUGGCAACAUUGGCAACUCAAGCAAGCACAUCAAAUCAUACAAUGAAUUCUACACAAGAUCAUCGUGAACAGCCAGCAAUUAUUGCUCGAAAAUUAUAUGAACUCAAAGAUUGCACAGCAAAAGAUGUUGCUGACAGACUCAAUGAACAGUUAGUUCUGCUCUUCUCAUCUCCAAAUUCAUAUUCUAUUUUUUUCAGAAGUGAUUCAGCAUUUCAACUACUCGUCAGUUAUCUCGAUUUGUUCCAAUUCUCAACUAUUCGAAUCGAUGCAGCACUUCGCGAUUUUUUGAGUCGCGUUGAACUUCGCGGCGAAUCAUCGCAACGCGAACGCCUUCUUCGUGUUUUUUCGGCGAGAUAUUUGGAGUGUAAUCCAUCGAUUUUCGAAUCUUUGGAUGAUGUUCAUACAUUGACUUGUGCUCUUUUAUUGCUCAAUUCUGAUUUACAUGGACCAAAUACUGGAAAGAAAAUGACGGCGAGAGAUUUUAUAACAAAUAUUGGACAUACUGGAUGUGUUUAUAAAAGAGAUGUGUUAAAAACACUUUAUCAAAGUAUAAAAGAUCAACCGAUUGCCCUACAACAGUCAGUUUAUUUUUGAAAAUUUGUAGAACUAUUCUCAUUUAAAAAUAUAUAUUUCAGAGCUCCAACUUCGAAAAAAUCAGUGAGCAAAUCUAUCUCGAAACAAUACAUUUAUGAAGUUGAUCCAAAUUCAGUUGUUGAAUAUUAUAGUGGAUAUUUGAUGAGAAAACAUGUGAGAGAUUCGGAUGGUGUGAAAACACCAUUUGGUAGAAGAAGUUGGAAAAUGGUUUAUGCUCGAUUGCGUGGAUUGGUUUUGUAUUUUGAUAAAGAUGAAGUUCCGAAAGCGACAAGUCGAUAUUCUUCUUUGGAAAAUGCAGUUUCUCUUCAUCAUGCUUUGGCUGAACCAGCAAUUGAUUAUAAAAAGAAACAAUUUGUAUUUCAUAUUCGAAUUGCUCAUGGUGGAGAAAUUCUUUUGCAAACAAGUAGUGAAAAUGAGGUGAAAGAAUGGUGUAAACAAAUCAAUUUUGUUGCCGCUGCUUUUUCUUCGCCAACUUUGCCACUUCCUGUAACUGCAAAACCGGAAAGUGCACCAAUGCCAAGAUUGCCAAAAGUUCCCUGUCUUGCUCCGAUUGCAACACAAAUUCGAAUUCAUGAAUCGAGAGUUGCUGAAUUGGCAGCAAUGAUUGAAGCUGUUUCGCAAGGAGUUUAUCCCGAAAAACCACAACAACAAAUUACCGAUCGACUUAUGCUUUUGCUUUUUGAGGUAAGAUAUUUUGAGAGGAGGGUUUGGAAAUUCAAAAACAUAACAAAUGUUGUUGUCAACAUUUUUAUUUUAGAAGUGAAACUUUGCAAUCUCUAAGUAAUCUAUUCAUUUUUAAAAGUUUUACAAAAGCAAAAUUUUGAUUUUUUUUAGAAACGUCGUUAUCAAAAAUACGCGCAAACUCUUCGCGAAAAAUAUGACGAUCGAAAAAUGUCAUCAGCCACAAUCAAUACAGUUUCGGUUUCACCCAAAAAAUCGGCAUCAAAAUUUAAUGGUUCAUUGAAAAACUGCGAAGAUCGCCUAAGUUAUACUGAUGCCGUAAAUGGUUAUAACUAA